GUGUGCCAUUUUAACAUUUAUUUUCUAAUUUCUAAUUCUAGAAUUUUGGUAUACUCCUUUAAACCUUCUCUUCCUAUGAACUAUGUCUGCUGAAUAGAGUUAGCGUUUUCAAAUAAAUGUAAUUCAUUAUUAAAAUAAUAGGAUUGGUAAGAGGUUUGGGCUUUAGUAAAAUUUACCUCAUUAUUACUUAUGGCUGUACCCCGCGAAAAAAAAUAAAAAAAAUUAGUGUGGGGAUUUUUGGCACUGAUAAGAGUUCUUCCAGCUUAAGAACCGUGCCGACUGUUUUGCAAUCAAAAAAUGGCUCAAUCAAAUGGUCUGAAAUAUAUAUAAACAGCAUCUUCGGGAUGCAAAUCGAAAUGAAAAUGGAAAUGGAAAUCAAGAACGUUUAUGUUAAACAACAGAAUGUCCUACAAAACAAGAGAAUCAAAUGUUGACGUGUUAAUUAUUGGGGCCGGUCCAGCUGGACAUAUGGCAGCCACUUGGUUUGCACGAACUGGUGUUAAUGCUCGUAUCAUCGAUAAAAGAAGUGCUCGACAAUUUGUUGGCCAAGCAGAUGGUCUUCAAAGUCGUAGUCUCGAGAUAUUCCAAUCCUUUGGCUUUGCUGAUCGUGCUCUAAAGGAAUCAAAUCAUAUGUUGGAACUUUGUUUCUGGGAACCUGAACAAGAUGCUAGUAAAGGUAUAAAACGUUCUGGUGCUAUUCCUGAUACUACUAUAGGGUUGUCUAGAUUCCAACAAGUUGUUAUUCAUCAAGGAACAGUUGAAGGUUGGAUGAGGGAUUCUUGGAAGAAAUGGUCCGACAACACUCUUGUUCUUGAAAGACCAGUACAAGCGAAAGAAUUGGAAAUCGAUCAAUCAGUGCAAUCAACCGAUCUCAAAAGUUUCCCGGUGACAGUUACUGUUGAACAUUUGGAUGAUGAUCAAGCUGCAGUUGAACAAUUUGGUAGUAAGAUUUCCAAUGGACUUUUUCGACAAUUUGAUGGAGAUGGCGAUAAGAUUGUUCAAGGGGAAACCGAAAUUAUUCAUGCAAAGUAUGUUUUGGGUACUGAUGGAGCUCAUUCUUGGGUACGUAAACAAUUAGGAAUAUCAAUGACUGGAGAAUCAACUGAUUAUGUUUGGGGUGUUCUCGAUGGAAUUCCUGUAACAGAUUUUCCCGAUAUUAGAUGUCGUUGUGCUAUUCAUUCAGCUGAAAAUGGAUCCAUAAUGAUUAUUCCUAGAGAACAUAACAUGAUUAGAUUAUAUAUACAAUUGCAAAAGGCUCCAAGGGCAAAUGAUUCUAAUAGUGGACGUAUUGAUAGAUCAAAGAUCACUCCUGAAUUGAUCUUGGAAAAUGCAAAUAAGAUAUUAUACCCUUAUACUAUUGAAAUGGUUGAUAUUAAAUGGUAUACCGCGUAUCAAAUUGGUCAACGUGUUGCUACUGAAUUUCAAAAGGGCGGUAGGGUCUUCUUGGCAGGUGAUGCUACUCAUACUCAUUCACCUAAGGCUGGCCAAGGUAUGAAUAUUUCCAUGGCUGAUACUUACAAUUUAUCCUGGAAGAUAGCUCACGUGGUUAAGGGUUUGGCUAGUCCAAUUAUCUUAGAUACUUAUGAAUCCGAAAGAAAGACAGUCGCUGAAAAUUUAAUUGAAUUUGAUUCUACCAUAGCAAGUUUAUUUUCCAGUCGUCCAGCAGUAAAUGGUAAGGAAACUCCAGGGGUCGAUCUUGAAGAAUUUCAUCGAGUAUUUGAAAAGAGUAACGAAUUUACAUCAGGAACAACUGUAGAUUACAACAAAUCUAUACUCAUUGAUAAAGUUGAUUCUGGAUCAAGGAAAUUUAGAUAUGAUGAAGAGAAUAUCUUCACUUCUCCAUUGGCUAAAAGAUGCCCUAUUGGUCGCCGUUUAGGUUCUUCUCAAGUUUUAGUCCAAUCUGAUUCUAAACCGGUUUAUUUGGAAGAUAUUAUGCCUUCAGACGGGCGUUGGAGAGUGUUGUACUUUGCUGGAGAUAUUAAAAACAAUGAAUACCUCCAGAACUUUAUGAAUUUAUUUGGUGAUUAUUUGAAUUCUCAAAACAAUUUCGUUAAGAAAUAUACCCCAGCAACUGCAAAGAUUUAUUCUGUGAUUGAAGUUCUAUUAGUUCAUGCUUCUAAACGUAAAGCCUACGAAUGGAAUGAUUUUCACACGGCAUUCAGACCUAGAGAUUACAAAGGUCGUAUGGACUACCUCAGAAUCUUUAGUGACGAUGAAUCGUAUCAUCACGGACAUGGUCAUGCAUAUGAGAAGUAUGGUAUUGAUCCAUCAGUUGGAGCAUUUUUGGUAAUUCGUCCAGAUGGUCACUUGGCAAAAGUGGAGAAUUUAAGUGAAGAAGGUAUCGCAAACAUCGAAAAGUACUUUUCAGGCUUCAUGAUUCCUCAAUUGGUAUCUUUAUCAAAUCAUCAACAAAUUGUUGUUGAAAAGGAAAACAAAGAGUGGUAUGGAUCCCAUUCUUAUGCAGUAAGAGCAUUAGCAGAAUGAUAAUAUGAUAAUGAAUCUUAUACUUAACAAUUAGUAAAUACUCGAUUUAAAUUUAUUUUCAAUCAUAUAUAUACAAAAUAUUAACUCUUUAAUUGUCAGAAUUAACAAUAAAUAAAUCUCUUUGCCAAACAAUAUCUAAUUUCUUCAAUAGAACUUACUAGGCUUCAUCUUGGUACUUACCGCAUCUGCUAAGAUUACUCUUAGUGGUUAAUAAUAGAUUAUUUAUUGUUGAUACAGCUAAUAGAAUUAAAUUUGUCGAAUUAAAAUGGGGUUUGAAACUUGGUUGUAAAUCUAUGAGCAUAGGAAUUUUGAGAUACAAGUUUCGGGUGCUACAUGAGUAUAGAAAAAGUAAAAUCGUCAUGUAUCAUUUUAUAACAGAAUAUACUGGGAUAAAGAAAUAG